AGUUGCCUUCCGAGGGUAGCUAAGACGAAGCAACAAAGGCUUCACUGUGCUUCUCUCACCAGGUUGCAAGUGCUAGAUUUUUAUAUUACACGCUUCGCAUCGCCUACUACCGUACUUGUAGUAUUCAAAAUAGGCGCGUCCGCUGCAUGGUGUAGUGGGUAGGUUGGUGAAUCUGCACCGCGCUUUCCCUAGCCCCUAUUGCUGUGGCAGUGUGGGCUGUAUACUCUACCAGGUCCAGGUGCCACGCGUGCACGAAUUAUUUCGGGUAAUUAGAGAUAGAACUACUCAACUCAGUACUCGACCAAGCAGAUGUCUGCAGAUCCGAGAAGGUGACUCCGUGGUUAGUUAUUGCUUCGCUGGUUCCUUGCUGUUGCUCUCAAGGACGAAGCUACGAAUAAUAAUUAUAGAAGUCAUACGGUGUGCUUGUGGUUGAGGGGUGGUUGCGCCGGCUUCUUGCCCCGUCAAUCUGAUCAACAGACUGGUCACGCAGUUUGAACUUCCUGUUUCGCUAAAAAACAAACAGACACCGACAUGGAUAUCAGAUUUCUUCUGCUGACCAUGUGCGUCGUCGUACACACAGUGCACUCUCAUCCUCCACCCCGGAAUGGUAUCAACAUCGCUAAUGAUGAUGCCGGGCUGAAGGAGAAGAGAACGGAGGUGCUGGAGCGCCUAGAGAAAGUUCUGAAGCAGCUACUCCAGGAAGAGCUGCAGCAAGUCAACGCUGCACAACACGGUCUACAGAACAGCAAGGCUGAAUCUGGUGCCACUGGCAAGCUGAGCGUUGAUGAAGCCCUGAAAUCCACCCAAGAGCUCAGCGAUACCGACCUGUCCGAGGUAUUGAAGGCAGAUGAUGAUGGCCAAGUUGCAUCACAAGCACACAAGCAGAACUCCCAGCUGUGUUGCAGGUGCUACAUUGCUGUACCCCGUGGUUGUACGUGCUGCGUGUAAUUAUUGCACAGUCAUCUAUGAUCUAGUACCUUGCUGUGCCACCACAUGGCACUCCAUGUAUGAUCACACGCGUUCAUGAUCACCCCACCUACUAGCAUGUGGUCUAGCUUGUCACCGUAUUGUACACAUCCGAUCCGGUUCUGCAUCCUUCUCUCUUCUUCUACUUCUUCUAGCACCUUCCAUCCAGUUCUGAUAAUCUGGAGUGAUUUGCAUUUCUUUGUUCUUUUUGUUUAUGUUCGCAACGAAGUAAAGUCAAAAUCUA